AAUAUCAACUUUAUUGUAGUCCGUAGUUAAACACAGGCAAAUCGGCUGUGUUCCUUUAAUAAUUGUCCUGGCGACCAAAUAGGUGUGGCAUCUCCGACAGGUGUAUUUGACAGGCAAAUAAAACAACACGGAAAGGAUGAGACAACACAGAAAACAGACCUGUCAAGAAUUGCUUCGAUGAUCGCACCCAACAAAUAUAAAAGAUGAAAGAAGACUAAAUACGACCGCUAUUCUACGGGAUAUCUGCGAACAUGAACUGGGGGUUUCUGGAGAACAUUUUGAGCGGGGUGAACAAGUACUCCACGGUGAUCGGUCGCAUAUGGCUCUCCAUAGUUUUCAUCUUCCGCAUCCUGGUGUACGUAGCAGCUGCGGAGCAGGUGUGGAAGGACGAGAACAAGGACUUUGUGUGCAACACCCAGCAGCCGGGCUGCGAGAACGUGUGCUUUGACCACUUCUUCCCCAUCUCCCAAGUGCGUCUGUGGGCCCUGCAGCUCAUCGUCGUGUCCACACCCUCCCUGCUGGUGGCGCUGCACGUGGCCUACCGCGAGCACAGGGAGAAACGGCAUGGGAAGAAGCUCUACGAGGACAAGGGCAGCAUAGACGGCGGUCUGCUCUGCACCUACCUGCUCAGCCUCGCCUUCAAGACCAGUUUCGAGGUGGGGUCCCUGCUGGCCUUCUACUUCCUCUACAGCGGCUUCGACGUCCCCCGGCUCCUGCAGUGCAGCCUGAGUCCCUGCCCCAACACGGUGGACUGCUACAUCUCCAAAGCCACGGAGAAGAAGGUCUUCCUCUACAUCAUGGGGUGCACCUCUGUCCUGUGCAUCGUGCUGAACCUCUGCGAGACGGUCUACAUCGUGUCCACGCAGUGCUGGAAGUGCUUCAGCAAGCGUUACGUCCCCAUCGAGGAGAGGGUGCACUGCCGCUGUCACCUUCCACCUGCCAGUGUUGCCACAGCAGUGCCACCAAACUUUAAACCACCACGCAAAGACAUGGAAAACUCAUGCCUUCCACAAGCCACAAAGGACAGUCCAACAGCUGUCUCUUAAUAAGUCAAUGUAACUUAAGUCCUCCGCUUUCUAUUGUCUGCAAUUUAUAUUUAUUUAAAUAUUUAAUAUUUAUUUCUAGAUCUCAAGGUUGCACUACAUAUCCUUAAGCUAUACUAAUAUUUAUCAAACAUCUAUCAUUUCAUUAUUAUGAGUACUUAUGUUCUCUGAUGACUGUUCAUUCAGGUUAAUGCAAUAAACGAGUGUACAGUUCCAUGAAACACAGAACUCCACAGGGCCGGCCCGUGGCAUAAACGCUCUAUGCGGUUGUUUAGGGCCACAACCGCUAGGGGGGCCACACGACCACGAGGGGGGGGGGGGUCACACGAAUGUUUAUCUAAGGUAAAUAACGUUUUUUUGUAAUUACGUUAUUCAUCCCCUAUCGUGGAAUUAGUGGUAUAAAUUUAAAAUGGAAUGGCAACAGAACAUUGCAUAACAAUGUAAUGUAAGAGGGAUUUUACCAAGAGAGCACCCCCCCCCCCCCCCCAACUCACGGAAUUGUUUAGGGCCACCAAAAUCCUAGGGCUGGCCCUGGAACUCCAUUCUGCAAAUCUAAUGAAAACCUGGUAUUUAAAAUUUUUAAAAUUCAACAAAGUGCUCAAUGUGCAAAAUGUCCAAGAGCACAGAGGUAUACUUAGUUUCUGUCAAUUUAGAUGAUCAUCCGUAUUCACCGAUUAACCUUUUUGUACGCUCUUACCACUUUAAAGUCAGUUUUAACAGUUAUAUCGCUGAUAUACCUUGAUAUCGCUGUCAUAGAGAUUCGUCCACAGAGAUUGUAUUUGGCAGUGCAAAUGUACGUUUUGCCAAUAAAGCACUUUGAUUCAGCAUUACGAAUCCCAUGCCCAUUAUCGGGAUUAAAAAUACAGUAUGUGUACCACUGCUGCCCAGACACACUGUUGGUGCUGUCAAUCUGGGUAGGACUGCUGAUAUUAGGUUUUUCACCCACUCUUAAAAUCUGAAUGAAACUCUACAUUGUCAAGUAAAAAUGAAAAUGAAUUAGGUAAUUCAUUGCUUGCUGUAGUGUAAAAAUGCUUAUUCACUGAUGCCUUCCCGGGCCAGGGCCGAGGCUCUCAAUUAAGUGCACCAUUUGAAAUGAUACACUGCAUCAUAAGGUCAUGUUAUGCCCUGUGAGUAAACGUUGUUUGGAUUGUUCCACUUUUCAGCAUCUAAAUGUGUAUGCAUGUUCUUAAAAUUGAACAGAAAAUAAAUAAAAUAAUAAAUGAUGGCUUUAUACAGCAAUGCAUGUUUUAGCCUGUUUACGGCUGUGGAGGAGUUUUAUUGAAAGGCUGUUUUAUUCAAUACUCGAGUGCAGAGAUUUUAAAAAAAGAAAACAAAAUGCUGUCUUCAAAAUCAAAAUGGGGUUA